AUGUCUACACUAGUGUUCUUAAACUCGUCAUUAAACCCUUUGUUGUACCUUUGGAAGAUCAGAGAAGAAAGGCAAGCGGUUAAAGAAACAUUAAGGCAAAUAUUCUGUCGUUCGAGUCAGUAGUGUAGUAUGCUUUUUCCCGCUGUUUACUGUUAAUUAAAAAUUCAUGCGAAAAUUGCCGUUUAACUAACUACAUUUGGGGAAGUAUUUUGAAAGCUAUGUUUCGUUUGGGUCGAGGUAAGUCCUGAUUUUGUCCACAUAGGUGUUUUUCUCGUUUGACCUUUGUUUUUACUUGUACUUGAAUUUUUGCUUAGCUCGCGGAUUUGCUUAAUGCCAUUUUAGGGAUUUUCUUCGCUUGCCAUUGUCAGAUGUUUGUUUUUCAUAGGUGGUCGUGAAAAAUAAGGGCUACAAUUAUUCCCUAAUUAUUUUAUCGGAAGUUUCGUAUUUACAAGUGAAAUCCUCUCAUUAUUCAAGGAUAUUGUCUCCAAGUUUUAUUUUCACGUUAACAGCAGUGACUAACAAUACAUUUGAAAUAUGCAAAAAUGCUAGCUAUUAUUGUUCAUGAAAAUAUGAAACUUGGAGAUAAUACCCCUGAAUAAUAAGAGGCUCUCGCUUGUAAACACAAAAUUUCUGAGAAAAUAUUAGCGAAUUGUAGCCCUUAUUUUACUGCCUUACAAUAUAUCAAUAACCUUGAAACUAAAAGGUCAUAUAAGAGGAAGGUUAAUCUCAAGUCUCUUAAAUUUUUAAAAAAUCUAUCGAGUGGUUCAAAACUUAUUGGCUUAUUUGCUAAAGCAGACCGAAAUGUUUGUAAAACCGCAAAUCCUUCUUUCUAGCAAUCGGCUGGCUAUCGGCUAUCUCCAUAAGUCUCACACACGUUUUUAAAAAGAUUGAAACUACUAUGAGGUGAAAUUGCAUGUCAAAACGCUUCGUUUUCUAAAGAAAACAGCUGAACAUCAAGAUUGUCCAUUUUUUACCGUUUUCUUUUUUUAACCAUAAAAACUUCAUCCCGACAUAUCUCGAUAACGCUCUUACAGAUGCCGCUAAUAAACUUCACGAACAUCGAGGCAGCUAUUUUUGGGAAAAAGAUUUUGUGAACGAUUUUGGAAGAACAGUUCCCAAUGCCGAGAAAUACUGCUGCAAGUGAAAUAGGUAAUGGCGUCAUUUCGUUGCUAUGACAACUCCGAUGUCAUUGCAACCCUGAUCAUAGCAAUUUUCAUCUUUAUCUAAUACAAUUGUGGUGGUAAUUAUUCCAAAUCUCUGUUUAUGGCGAUGUAUGGCGAUGUAUGGCGAUGUAUGGCGAUGCCCAAACUUGGGAGGUAUUGCCCAUGAAAAACUGUAUCGAGCCACCUUAAAUUUGUCUAGAGGAGGAAUUUUAUGUCGUCAGAAACAGCAAAGUUGAAUUGCAAUUAAUUGCAACGAGAACUUUUAUGAGAAUUAAUUUCCAUUAUUUUUUUUCGUCUUGGGUUUGUUUGUAUAAAUUGAGGGAUUUAUACAGAUAAAUUCCUAAUUAAUAGUUAUGAAUUCAAUUCAUUAUCCCCGCUCUUCCCUGCUGUGUUAUCAAGCCCUCCCCGCACUUUCAGUUUGUUGAAUAUUAAAGAGGGUUGUACGUUAAAUAAAGGUUGUUGAAUAAAAAAGGAAAAGAAAAGGUGUGAAUCAUAAAAGAAGAACAAAUAUAACAUUGCUCUUUUGUUUUUGUUGGACAUGAUAAUUAUAAAAAAGAAGACUAGUCAGUGUAAUCAAAUCACGAUGAAUAAUUUUAAAUUCAAUUCCAUGUAAAAAUUCUAAUAGUUUUUAUGCCAUCUAAACACUGUGCUCUUUCGUGUGUUUAAACUUGAGAGUGCGUCUCUUAUUUCGCUGAUAUCUUCAUUCACGACAUUUCACCUUGAUAUCCCUUAACUUGGACGCCAUCUCGGGCACUUAGAUACACAAAACGCUGCCAUAGCUGAAAUGAAUAAACGCUGAAAUUUUGCGCCAAAUUAAAGAGUAACUUGUUCGCUGAGAAAUUACCACGCACUUGGUUAAUUAAUUAGUUAAUUUAAAAGAUAGAAUGACACACUUCCACCCAUAUAAAAGGAAAUGAUACGUUAAACAGUACAGGCACCUGCAUAUCGUUGCAUCGCAGCCAAAUGGCGCUAGAAAAUUUUACUGAAGACGACAGCAAAACACUCGAAGAACUAUUCUGUACGGCGGAAUUUCUCAGAGGUGUAGAUGGCGAGCUUAUCUUUUUAUCAGCGCUAAAUAUUUUUCUUUCCAUCACUGCAUUUCUGGGGAACACUCUGAUCCUAGUUGCCCUACACAAGGAAACUUCACUUCAUACGUCGUCCAAACUGUUGUAUCGUAAUCUAGCGAUAGCUGAUCUGUGUGUUGGUAUCACUGCGGAGCCUUUGGCUGUGGCUUAUUGGACUUCUGUUGUCAACAAAAGAUGGAAUAUUUGCCAUUACACAAUUUUGGCAAUGGGUUUCUUCGCUUCUACUUUGUGUGGAGUGUCUUUAUUAACUUCGACUGCAAUAAGUGUGGACAGACUUCUCGCCUUGUUGCUGGGGCUCAGAUACAGACAAGUUGUAACUUUGAGAAGAACAUGUAUAAUCGCUUUUGGUUUCUGGUUUUUGUCCAUCGCUGUUUCAUCUACUUUGACAGUUUGGAAUAUUCUUAUACUUCUUUCGUAUAAUUACAUAGGUAUAACUUUGUGUUUAGUCACCACAGCCUUAGCUUACACAAAAAUUUUCUGUACUCUGCGUCAUAAUCAAAUACAUGUUCAGAACCAUUUUGCUCCUCGACAACCUAACCAAGAAAUUCCACUGAACAUAGCUCGAUACAGAAAGGCAGUGUACACUGCACUGUGGGUACAGGGAACAUUGGUUGUUUGUUAUCUGCCGCUUAACAUCGUGAACACGUACGCUUUGACAACUCAAAGAGGCUUUUCCUUAUCUGUUUACCUUGCAUGGCAUUUUAUGUCUACACUAGUGUUCUUAAACUCGUCAUUAAACCCUUUGUUGUACUGUUGGAAGAUCAGAGAAGUGAGGCAAGCGGUUAAAGAAACAUUAAGGCAAAUAUUCUGUUGUUCGAGUCAGUAGUGUAGUAUGCUUUUUCCCGCUGUAUACUGUUAAUUAAAAAUUCAUGCGAAAAUUGCCGUUUAACUAACUACAUUUGGGGAAGUAUUUUGAAAGCUAUGUUUCGUUUGGGUCGAGGUAAGUCCUGAUUUUGUCCACAUAGGUGUUUUUCUCGUUUGACCUUUGUUUUUACUUGUACUUGAAUUUUUGCUUAGCUCACGGAUUUGCUUAAUGCCAUUUUAGGGAUUUUCUUCGCUUGCCAUUGUCAGAUGUUUGUUUUUCAUAGGUGGUCGUGAAAAAUAAGGGCUACAAUUAUUCCCUAAUUAUUUUAUCGGAAGUUUCGUAUUUACAAGUGAAAUCCUCUCAUUAUUCAAGGAUAUUGUCUCCAAGUUUUAUUUUCACGUUAACAGCAGUGACUAACAAUACAUUUGAAAUAUGCAAAAAUGCUAGCUAUUGUUGUUCACUAAAAUGUGAAACUUGGAGACAAUAUCCCUGAAUAAUGAGAGGCUCUCGCUUGUAAACACAAAAUUUCUGAGAAAAUAUUAGCGAAUUGUAGCCCUUAAUUUACUGCCUUACAAUAUAUCAAUAACUUUGAAACUAAAAGGUCAUAUAAGAGGAAGGUUAAUCUCAAGACUCUUAAAUUUUUUAAAAAAUCUGUCGAGUGAUUCAAAACUUACUGGCUUAUUUGUUAAAGCAGACCGAAAUGUUUGCAAAACCGCAAACAAGAGCGCCUCGAUACAUGCCAAUCAUAUCCUUCUUUCUAGCAAUCGGCUGGCUAUCGGCUAUCUCCAUAAUCUCUCACGCACGUUUUUAAAAAGACUGAAACUACUUUAUGAGGUGAAAUUGCACGUCAAAAAGCCUGGUUUUCUAGAGAAAACAGCUGAACAUCAAGACUGUCCAUUUUUUACCGUUUUUUUUUUUUUUAACCAUAAAAACUUCAUUCCGAAAUAUCUCGAUAACGCUCUUACAGAUGCCGCUAAUAAACUUCACGAACAUGAGGUAGCUAUUGGAGGAAAAAGUUUUUGUGAACGAUUUUGGAAGAACAGUUCCCAGUGCCGAGAAAUACUGCUGCAAGUGAAAUAGGUAAUGGCGUCAUUUCGUUGCUAUGACAACUCUGAUGUCAUUGCAAGCCUGAUCAUAACAAUUUUCAUCUUUAUCUACUACAAUUGUGGUGGCAAUUAUUCCAAAUCUCUGUUUAUGGCGAUGUAUGGCGAUGCCCAAUCUUGGGAGGUAUUAACCAUGAAAAACUGUAUCGAGCCACCUUAAAUUGGUCUAGAGGAGCUAGGGAUUUUAUCACAUGUCGUCAGAAACAGCAAAGUUGAAUUGCAAUUAAUUGCAACGAGAACUCUUAUGAGAAUUAAUUUCCAUUAAGUUUUUUUCGUUUUGGGUUUGUUUGUAUGAAACUGAGGGAUUUAUACAGAUAAAUUCCUAAUUAAUAGUUAUGAAUUUAAUUCAUCAUCCCCGCUCUUCCCCGCUACGUUUUAAGCCCUCCCUGGGCUUUCAGUUUGUUGAAUAUUCAAGACGGUUAUUCGUUAAAUAAAGGUUUGUUGAAUAACAAAAGAAAAGGUGUAAAUCAUCAAAGAAGAACAAAUAUAACAUGGCUCUUUUGUUUUUGUUGAACAUGAUAAUUAUCAAAAAAGAAGACUAGUCAGUGUAAUCAAAUCACGAUGAAUAAUUUCAAAUUCAUUUCCAUGUCAAAAUUCUGAUAGUUUUUAUGCCAUCUAAACACUGUGCUCUUUCAUGUGUUUAAACUUGAGAGUGCGUCUCUUAUUUCGCUGAUAUCUUCAUUCAUGACAUCUCACCCUUGACAUCCCUAACUUGGACGCCAUCUCGGGCACUUAGAUAUACAAAACGCUGCCAUAGCUGAAAUGAAUAAACGCUGAAAUUUUACGCCCAAUUAUGGAGUAACUUGUUCGCUGAGAAAUUACCACGCACUUGGUUAAUUAAUUAGUUAAUUUAAAUGAUAGAAUGACACACUUCCACCCAUAUAAAAGGAAGUGAUACGUUAAACAGUACAGGAACCUGCAUAUCGUUGCAUCGCAGCCAAAUGGCGCUAAAAAAUUUUACUGAAGACGACAGCAAAACACUCGAAGAACUAUCCUGCUCGGCGGAAUUUCUCAGAGGUGUAGAUGGCGAGCUUGUCUUUUUAUCAGCGCUAAAUAUUUUUCUUUCCAUCACUGCAUUUCUGGGGAACACUCUGAUCCUAGUUGCCCUACACAAGGAAACUUCACUUCAUCCGCCGUCCAAACUCCUGUAUCGUAACCUAGCGAUAGCUGAUCUCUGUGUUGGUAUCAUUGCAGAGCCUUUAGCUGUGGCUUAUUGGACUUCUGUUGUCAACAAAAGAUGGAGUAUUUGUUAUAAAUCAAAUUUGGCAGCGAUUUUCUCAGGUUUAACUUUGGGUUCAGUGUCUUUAUUAACAUUGACUACAAUAAGCGUAGACAGACUUCUUGCCUUGUUGCUGGGUCUCAGAUACAGACAAGUUGUAACUUUGAGAAGAACGUGUAUAACUGCAAUCGGUUUUUGGAUUUUGUCCAUCGUCGCUUCAUCAACUUUAUUUUGGAAUUCUCUUAUAACUUCAUGGUGUCAAUACACAGGUAUAGCUCUUUUUCUAGUCACCACAAUCUUCGCUUACACAAAAAUUUUCUGUACUCUGCGUCAUAAUCAAAUUCAUGUUCAGAACCAUGUUGCUCAAGGACAACCGAGCCAAGCAAUUCCACUCAACAUAGGUCGAUACAGAAAGGCAGUCUACAGUGCACUGUGGGUGCAGGGAACUUUGGUUGUUUGUUAUCUGCCGUUUGCUGUAGCGGUCGCUUUUACACCUCAGAGAGGGAUUUCUAUGUCUGCUUACCUUAAUUACUAG